ACACUUUAAUGACCCAAACAUUUGUCUCGUUGGUAACACUGAAAUUUACAAGUGAAAGAGGCCCUUCGUUUUUCUGUCAGUGGCAGUGGCUGUCAGUCAGUUUUGUAAUGGCGUUUGAGUUGUGUUAGCAAGUGUCAAAAUUUGUGCCUUUCGUUAAAAAAUUCACCAAUUAAACAAUUCCAAACAGGUUGGUGCCCUCUUUUGUACUUCACAAUUCGAGAUUGACUUGCAACUUCUUCAAACGCCAAAAAUCUAUAUUCGGUGAGAUAUUGAAAAAAUCUAAAACAUAGGUACUCGUUAUUCUACUAUAAACAUUAAAAUUAAUCUUUUAAAAAUAACAUCACACAAAGAAACACUACAGCGCAGUGAUCAAUUACAUAUCUAAUUUUAUAGUGUUUUCGGUCGCGUUCCGCUAGGUCUUCGUAAGCCUAAACUUCAACGCAACCGAGCAAUAAACGACGUCAUUAAGCCUAAAUUCCAACGUGUUUUCUACGUGAUUACUAUGUCAUCAAAAGCCAAACCUGUCUUGUAAUAUCGAGUUUGUAUAACGCCAACAUCGUACUUGUACUAAUGUGAGUUGACUUAUCCGCAUUAUUUACGCGCGUUUCCUACGAAACUUACAGUGCGCGCACCCGAAACCGUCGAAUAUAGUAGAUUAUACAGUAUGUCCUAAAUAGUGAUUGUACGUGCAGGGAGUGGCUGCAUGACCAACGGACGGGGCGCCGGCAUGGCGUCAUUCAUGACCAAAAAGAAGAAGUAUAAGUUUCAAGUGGAGAUAUGCCUCGAGGAGUUGCUCGAAGUACCAUUCGUUUCGGCCGUACUGUUCGCCAAGUUAAGGUUACUAGACGGCGGGAAUUUUCAGGAUCAUAGCAGCAGGCAAGAAGUCCAAGAUCACAAAGUCCAAUGGGGUGCUAAUUUCACGUUCCCCUGCAAAAUGAUGGCCAACGCCUCGACUGGAGUAAUGGAACGUUGCGUCCUUAGGAUAUCUAUCCGCAAGGAAUCCAAAGGCGGUAGAUCCUUCAACAAACUUGGUUUCGUGGAUUUGAAUCUCGCCGAAUAUGCGGGAGCGGGACUAAUACAUAAGAAGGCCUUACUCGAAGGAUACGAUGCAAGACAUCGACAGGACAACAGCAUGCUCAAGUUUAAGAUAGAACUGAAUAUGAUAUCGGGGGAUAUACUAUUUAAAGCACCGUCGCCGUCUUUGAAGCACAAACAGAUGAACGUCGAGGAACCUGGGAACGAACAACGACAAGACGAAUUUUCUAGCGGUUCGUUGGCGGGUUCCAUAGCCAGUGGUAGCUCCGGAUUUGGAAGUUUACCGAAGAAGAGGCCGGCUCUCUUAUCUUCGGAAUUAGUAAUAGGUCAAACUUUAACCGAAAACAACGUACCCGUAUCAAUAGCUUCAGAUUUUUCUAACGAAUCGCAUCCUCCCGCUGUUCCCACGUCAUUACCUCACCUGGAUCAGCACGAGCCACAGGAGGUGUCCCUCUGCGAGACUGGACACUCUAGAAACUCUUCGAACACCAGCCAGCUCUCGAAAGCAUCGGGGUAUAGUAGUAUUCACUCCCAUUCUCAUAGUAGGCAGAGUAGUUCCGGAGAUUCCGGGCAUAUACGGGACCUACAUAGCAGAUCGGUUCGGGCACACCCAAAACCAAAAAACCCUCCAUUAUUCCGCCCAAACACCUACCCCCGCAAAAUAAACAUCCCCAAUACGAUUCUCUCGUCGCCCUCACCUCCUUUCUCAACAAAAUCACAAAACAUUAUCACUUCCACCCCAGUAAAAAACAGUAAAGAAUCAGAAGAAAAUAAUUCUAUAUAUGGAACACCUAAGUCUUUUCAAAGUCAAUUCAGUUAUGUGAGCAAUUCCAGUACGGACGACUAUAGAACUCCCGAAGUUACUAUGAAUCAUAGAACUGAUGUAUUUUCGCAGAAUUUUAAUCAGCUGCAAAAAUCAUCAUCUACUAGUGUCGUAGAAAGGAUCAAGACGAAUUUCUUGGCCGUAGUAGAUAUUGAAAACAGAAAAUCCGAUGAAACUUAUAAACGAUCACCUUUAAGUGAUAACAGACUCAGUCUGGAUGAGAUAGAAAAGAACAGAAAAAAUGAGGUAUUGCGUUGUAAAAGCGACUUUGAGAUACCCCGCAUGCCUACGGUGUCUCAGGAAAAAACUUUUAGCAGUAAAUUUUUCAGUACCGAUAGCCUGUUUUCGUUCUUGACACCUAGGCCUAAAAGGAAGAGCGUUAGUGAGCAAAACAGUCCCAAGGAUAGACGAAGUCCACCUAAUCAAUUUAAAGUCCCCACAAUUCCUAAUCCUCUAUUCAAGGGUCUGCCCGAAGUCCGUACUACAUCGUUGGGUUCGCUACGGUCUGGUCAUUCUGCGAACGAUGGGCUGACUGUUAAGCCUGUAGAAAGGAAUCCAAGCGCCAGUAGUCUAGUGCUUUCGGAAACUGGCUCUUUAGACAGAGCUAAGGCUGCAUAUGAGCGUCGGAAAAAGAAUCAAAAUCAAGACUCAGAAGCCCAUGGCGUACCUGGUAGAGUUGAAAUCACCAGGGUGAACCCCGACGAUCUUAUAGAAGAAUUAUUGAAAAAUACCAACUUGGAGCAGCCAGAUGAUUCUGCAGAAAAUUCUGGACUCCAACUCUUCAUAGCUAAAGAUGGUACUGCAGCAGUAGGCAAUCAUGAAGUCAAAUCCCAAAUGUCUACAGGUGUACAAGUAUUCAAACAAGUAGUAAUGGAUAAUAGGUAGCCAAAGUAAUUUUUUUUUUCAUUAAAAAAAAAAAAAUACUAUUUACUGUUGUUGGUUUCAAUGUUUCAACGUUGAAUUUGUAUAAUCCAUGUUGAUAUUAUUAUUGUUGAUUAUAUAAGACAACCUGUAGCAUAUAUUUAUAUGCGUAUUUAGUAAAUGGUCAUUGUUUUGACAUUUUUUUUUGUGUUUUCAAUAUGGAUGUCAUAUAACAGAAUGAUAAUGGUUAAUGUCAAUAUUUUAACUUUUAGACUAUGAUAGCUGUCACCAUUGUCAUUUUUUGGAACUGCUAAAAUAAAUGUCAGAAAAUACCAGAAAUUAGCAAGAAAGUAUUAUUUAUUGAGAUUGUACAUUAUUUAGAGUUUAAGAUAUAGGAUUUUGAAAAGUUUGAAGUUUACAUAUUAUAUACAAUUUUUUUACUGUGUUGUAUAGUAAUGGAGGAAAUUCGAGUUAUUUGCUAUUAGGUUCGUUUUUAAUAUCAAUCCAUUGUUGAUAUGCAAAUAAUAAUAAUGAUAAUAAUAAUACGCUGAAUAUUUUUGAAUCGCAUAUUUAAUAUGUUGCCAAUUUUUGUGAUAUAAUGUUGUAACUCUUAAGUCAAGAUAAGCAUCACGUUAAUUUAUGUUUUUUCUAUUGCUUUAAUCCUUUUUUCAUGGUAGUGAAGAAUAGAAAAAGUAAUUGUUUUAGUUUAAAAAUAUUCAGAGAUUUUUUUUAAUAAGGGAGCUUUGAAGGCCUACAAAUGAGAAUUUGAAAAUUUUCUUUUAAUAACAUGCUUCAAAUUUGAAUUUUUUUAUAUAUAUUUUUCUCGAAAUAAAAUUGUUUUUUAUUUUUUAAAAACUUGCAUUUUAUUUGAUUCACAAAAUUUAACGGUUUUUUUUUAUUCAAUUUUAAAUCAAUUCGUUUAAUAAGAGGGUUUUAUUUUUUCUACCUAAAAUAUUUGAUUGGUUUAAUUUUCUGAAUAUUUUGAAAAAAAAAAAAUUGGAAUAUAAUUUGUCUUAUUAAUUCACAUUCUUUAUACAUCUAUAAUAGAAGCUUUUUACUUGGUGGUAAUUAUUGUAGGGUUAGAAGUUAUUCACUCUAAUGACAUUUUUAUUAAUAUACAGUGUCCCUAAAAUAUGGAAUACAUUCCAUUAUUUCCUUAACUAAAAACAUUUAAAAAAAAACCUAAAUACGUCUAUGUCUAAUUUUAAAUUUUUGCUUCAAAUAGGACACCCUACAUAUUCGAUUUUUAGAAUCGCUGAAUUCAAAAAUAUAUCACAUAAAUUCGUUAAAAAUUCAAGGAAUAAUUUUUGGAAAAAAUUGCUGGAAGCUGACGAAUUUUAUUUUCAUUUGGGUAUUCUUUCAAAUGAAAUUAAUACAUACAGAAAGAUACGUGUUGGAGGAAUGACGUAGUUGAUAUUUUUUAAUGAUGGAUGAUUCUGUGGGUGGUAAAUUUUUGAUUUCAGCUUUCCAUGGCAAUUCCAAAAAUUGAUAAAUAUAAAAAAAUUGUCGCUGACGUCAUUACUCACACGUUCAUCGUCCUGUAUGUAUAAUUUUUAGUUCAAAAUGUGGAAAUUUGAAAUUAAAAAUCGACUUGUUUUGGGAAUUUCCUUAGAAAUUGAUAUUUUGACUUAAAAAUUAAUUGAUUCCAUACUUUAUGGAUACACUAUACAUAUACAUACAGAUUUGGAAGAAAAAUUUCAGUAGUGAUUUUACAGUGUUUCAAGAAGCAGUUGACUAGUAGAAAAUAUAACUAACCACUCUAGAAUGGUUGAAAGGGGAAUAUAAUUUGAUUACUUCUCACCUCCAGCUUUCAAAUACAAUUCAUCAUUAGUAAAAUUAUCUAAGCCCAUAAUUAUUGUAAAUAAAGUGAAUUAGCGAACCAUUCUACAGUAAUAUAGUUCAUUAGUUAAUUAUUAGCCUCUCAUAUCACAUUAUGUUUUGAUUGGUCCACUGUUUCUCGCUACUACAAUAUAUUCUAAAAUAAAUAUUUUGAAUUACCUAUAUAUACACAUGAAUAUUCUAUAUUUGGCUAAAAAACAGCCAUUUGUCUUAAUUUUUACCAAUUUUACAUUUUUAAAAAUGUUUUCUCUUCUUCAACUACCAUUAUUUGAUACUUUUUUUAAUUGGUUCAAAUAAAACAUGUAUUACAGUAUUUUUUGGGUAACUACAAUUUCUACAUAAUUAGAAAUUAAAUGUAUAAUUAAAAGUAAAAAAAUUGAAAACCCUUUUUGCAUUAAAAUAAAAUAUAUCACUUAACUUUUGCUCCAUUUUAUGAGUCAGAAAGAUGUACAAAUUUCAUUGGGUCUAACGAUGCGCUAGAAAAUCGAUAUCAAUAUUGUAAGUCAUCCGUCACUAUUUAGAAGGCGAUCUUCACAGGGAUUCUUAUGUGCGAACUCGGCAUAUUACGUAUCGAAUAGAGAGAGACAUUACAUAAGAAUUGUAUUCUGUCGAACGAAGAUAGGAGUCUCGAUACGACACGUAUCGAAAGAUGAGAAUUCCACUUCCGAUCAUACCACUCAUUUUCAAUCUAAUCUAACCUAACUUACACUUUGCUCUCGCUUCCCUGGAAAAUAUUUUAAAAAAUAAGACAAUGACGUAAUUUCUACCAUUUCUUGGCCGCUAAAGAGUAGUUACGUCUUUCAAUUACGCAUUUUCAACCACAAUGUUCAGUUGAACUAAAUAGUAUUGGUAAAUUAUGAUUCGAUUUUCAAUUUUGACGCAAUAUUCUUAAUGCUACAACGUGUUGUUUGUUAAGGUUUAUUACAAAAUUUUGUGUUUUAUUGCAAUUAACCCACAAUUUUCCAUCACCAACCUAUUGAACAACAUCAUAAUUUUGGCAUUUUCUAGAGGAACAAUGGCACAAUUGGAAUGUUCUUAAUUUUUAUGCGCUGUAGAAUUUAGUUUUUCAUUAAAAACAAAAACAGAUAGGCCUAUUUAAAACUAGACUAACUUUGCAACAUAAAAACUGUAUAUUCGUGUAUGGACCCACUGGGUAAUUAAGAAAUAAAACAAGUAUUUAAAGUUUGCUUUUAAGCCAUCAUCAGGACUCUAUAAACAAAAAAAUUGACCAGGUCAAUAAAAAUUUAAAAUAAAAUAAAAAUAUUUUGACUUAUUCUUGACCUGCUCAAUUUUUUUGUUUAUAGAGUUCUGAUGAUGCCUUAAAAGGCGGAAACGCUAGAUGCAUUUUUAUUAAAAACAUAAUUCCAAACAUGCAAUUGACAUUAUCACGGGAUUUCUAAAAAACUCGUCACAUGGAAGAAACUGGAAGUAGACAGUUGGCACUUCAACGUUGCUGUUGUUUUUUUUAAAAUAAAGUUUCUUAUGUUCUAUUUUUUGCAUUAAAAGAUGUUUAGCUACUAUUAGAAAAAAUCUGAACCGUGGUUUCAAAUUAAUUUUUUGCAUUUCUACACAUUUUAAUAUUUCAUUAUUCACCUUAUUAUUGUCGGUUAUACGGAAUUUCAAUACAAAAACGGUAUAUUUUUCUAUAUAUCAAACAUUACAUAGCCAAUGAAACUUUGUGCUUCGUUCUGAUAGAAAUUGAUGGUCUAAGAUCCGAAGUAAGGUCGACCUUCACCCAUCUGUUUAACGGAUGAAAGUUUAUUUUUAUUAAAUAAAAUAUGUUUAUAAAUAUACUACAAAUGGGUUGCCUAAAAAAAUAUGGUCAUGACUUUCUUUUUUUAAAGUAAAAAAACGACACCUUCCCUGUAAAGGAUUCCCCAGAUGCUUUGACUAUGCCCAAACUUUAAUGAGCUCACCGCAAAAUGAAUGGAUUAAAGAUUAAGUUUAAAAUUUAGUGUUUUUCUCUUUAUCCGUUUUUGAGUUCGAAAUUUGCACUUUUCCUCAAAUAUCUCGAAUUAGGUCCAUUUUAGGGAAAUCAUGUAUAGGAGGAACAAAAUUAUAGAGAAUGACAACUUUUAUCAUGAUUCCUAUACUUUCCUUAUCUGUAUACAGAAAGGAAAGUAAAAAAUUACCGUGACCGUAUUUUCUUAGGCCAACCCAUUUGCGGUAUAUUUAAUAUCAUAUUUUAUUAAAAAAAAAAAACUUUCAUCCAUUAAACAGAUAGGUGAAGGUCGACCUUACUUACGGAUCCUGUACUAUGAUAUUUUCGAGUUUCACUAAACAUGUCGAUUCCGAAUUAUUUUUAAAUUUAAUGGUAUUUGUAUUUACAAAUUUUAAUUUUAUUAAAACAUUUACACAAAAAGUACUGUACAUGCUUCGACUAUAUUUAAGAAUUGAGAACUCCCAAAAAAAUCAAAUUAGGACAAUAAGAAUCGGCUUCCAAUCCCGUACUAAAUCAAAAGUAUAAUUUGAAAAAUAUAUUAUGCCACAUUUUAUUGGGAUUUCUCAAAGCAGAAGAUUGAGCGCAAUUUACAUAUUGUACUGUUCAAAAAACAGGUAAUAUCAACAUUAAUGUUCUGAAUCAUAAUUUAUUGUAGUUUUACUACUUGUAAACUAUGUACAAUAUCAUUAUGACGGUAUGUAUAUAAGGAAAUUAUACAUUUACAAAGUC